ACGACGUGUGUGACACCCAGGUGUUAGCACAGUCUGAAUACAGAUGUUGCAGAUGUUUUACUUUGAAGUCACAGGUUCCAUCAUGCUGCUCCAACCUGCUGUCUGCGUGAUAACAAAUGGAGUGUGUGGAUCUAGUAACCCACAGUUACAGUUCAACUUCUUCUAUAAAUCAUUCAUUUCUGUUUGCAAUUGAGCUCACACAGAGUCUCCAGAUAUACUUUAUUCAUGUAGCUGGCAGCAGCAGUGCACCUGUACUGAAAAAUAAAUGAGACAUUUGGAAAGGCCUACCUCUAAAUCAGCAUUUCCCCAGCAAGUGUGGUCCCCUAGUCACUCUAAAAUGGGACAAGGAUAGCAAAGUAGGAGCGAGGCUCCUCUGUGUGUGCUCCAAAUCCACCUUCACACAUAUAACACAGCUUUCCUCAGUUCACGGGGGUGUUUGCGGUGGCUGCUCCACGUCUUUGUUGUGGAGAUUUGUAGAUGCUGACAGGGCACUCCCUGGUGGGCUGGCACACACUGAUGGAUGUGCUACAGGCACUUUCCCCUGUUUGUGCCAAACACUGUGACUAAGCGACUAGAGAAUAACCAUGUACCACCUAAAGCGUGGCAUCCCGCUCUAAUCAACAAGCAGACUGCUGGAGGCCACUUCAGCCUACAGAGUUAUGCUUGUCAGCUAAGCUUGUUUAAGAACUAUUGUUUAGAUCCAGGUAUCACAUUUAUACUAUUUCACACAUCAGACCAAACAGGACUUUAAAGCCCAUCCACACAUUGCAUAGGUCCAAAUGUGAGCUGUGUUGGAUCAUCAAUGUUGCAGUGGGACAGAAACAUAUCGAGAUGAUCUAUUGAAAUUUAAAUUUGUUUUUCCUAAUAUUUACCCUUUUGAGUGAAAUGCUAUACAAUAAAUUCUUCUUUUUUCUUCUUUAAACAGUUUUAGGUUAGAAAACCACUCCUUAAUUUAAACUGCUCAAGCACGUGUAGCUUUAUUUUAGGCAUCAACCAUAAAAAUGGGUACACGCUAAUAAACGGUAGUUUAUCAGAAACAAUUUUAAUCAGGAAGAAAGAGAACAUAAUAGCUUUAGAAACACAUAUAUUGUACUGUAUUGGUGUUAUUGUAUGGAUUGUCAUGUAAUGCAAAUAGCACCACACGACACAAUGAAAAAACAUGCAGAUACACUGGAAGGAGGAUAUUUCCAUUGUAUACUAAACUAGACCGAUGGCUAUAAGGGCAACUCUUCCCUUUUCACAGUAGUGAGCAAUUAGUUUCAUGCAGAAACACUCCUGGGGUUUGGACCAAUACAAGUUCUACUACUGUGUUUGAUUUAGAAGCAGACAUCCUUUUUAGACAUACUGCAAAAAAGUUAUCAGAUGCAGUUUCUGUAUUUAUCCUGUGUUUUUACAGUACAUCCAAGAUGAAUGCGAGUCUGGCUGCAUCAACCCUAGUUAACCACACGAUGACAGCAACGCGCUAUAGGAAGGAGCAGAGAGGACAAAACAAAACAAUGCAAUGAACAUAGCAUAUGGCCUCUCAGAUCCCUCUGACCGUGAAGGCCCAGGCGGCCGCCGCCAGCGCCGCCGCCCUGCGGGGUAAGAAGCGCCCCGGGAGCCCGGCGGUAUCUGCCCCUCAGCAGGUCCCCGGGAGCAGCAAGAAGAAGAAACAACCGACGGCGACUCCCGCAGCACAGACGCAGCAGAUGACAGCGGUAGAGACGGUGGCAGAGGUGAAGGCAGUGGGAUCGCUCGACUGUGCUCCACAUGCUCCUGCAGAAUCCGCAGCAAAGCCUCCCCCGUUUAAAGAUCCCGCAUUCAUGCACUCUGGGAUCGGAGGAGCAGCAGCCGGUAAAAAAAACAGGACUUGGAAAAAUCUCAAACAGAUCCUGGCUUUGGAGCGAACGUUACCCUGGAAGCUAAGUGAUCCAAACUACUUUAGCAUCGAUGCACCUCCCUCUUUGAAGCCAGCAAAGAAAUACUCUGACAUCUCCGGGCUCCCUGCAAACUACACAGACCCUCAGACAAAGCUGCGCUUCACAUCCUCUGAGGAGUUCUCCUACAUCCGCCUCCUCCCGACUGAUGUUGUUACAGGCUAUCUGGCCCUUCGCAAGGCAACUUGCAUUGUACCCUGACACCCAAGUGAUACUUGAAGGAGGAUUAAACCUGAAGUAAACUAACGUUGGAGUGAGAGACUGUCAGACCAGCCAGGAGACUGGGACAAACUUUGUUUCUGUCUCAGGCUGACCUUUGCUGAUUUGUGCACCACUGUAACCAUAUUUGUUACUGUGUGACAAUAUUUCUUUGUUUGUCUGUUUAAGUUAAAAAAACAACUUGUCAUUGUUUAUUCUGAUAGGAUUUUUCUUUUACAAUAUCACAGCUACAUUCUUGUAGGACAUUUUUCUCUUGUUUUUUCUAACAUACCUGGUAAAGCUGACUUGAAUUUAUUGUUCAUGUUUGUUUUUAUGCAUUGAUUUUAUGUAAACACAAUUGUAUAAACAUACUGUCUACUUGUAAAAGUAAGAAUUGGUUUUGAUGUCAGUUUUUACAGCAACUGGUAACCACACUUGUUGGGAAUAAUGCCUGAAGCCUUGUGCCUUCUGCUAUUUCUGCAUGUGAGCUACGCAAACGUGUCUGGGCCUUGUUGUCUGUGACAAAGCAGGAUGGACUUCAAAUGUGUAGAAUGCCAAUGCUGCAUUCUUUCUGCAGUGUUUAAAUGCACACCAGCAUUUAUUCCAUGAUGUUCUCUGGCUGCUGGUUACUGGUUUCACAACCAUACCGGAUACAUAUCCAGGAUAAUUUCUAUAUCAUGUUUUAACGGCACCAAUAUUGUCACAGUACAGGGUUGUUAAUUAUUAA